CAUUUCUGAAAAAGUCAGUACAAUUUUAAUAGUUAAACAAACAAAAUGAAAAAAUACUUAUUACCAAUAUUUUUUGUAAUCCUCUAUGGACUUAUUAAAAGAUGUUCAAUGAUUCCUAUUGACUCCGAUGAGUCUUUAGAUGAAGUAGUUUGGUCAAUUCCACAAUAUGACGGAACUGCACGCCAGAUGACUGAACAACAAGCUAUUAGGCAAGCUAUGCUAACAGAACCCGAACACUUAGGUUCGACAAACUCGGAUAAGGUUCGUUUCUAUUUAUAUACCCAAGCAAAUCCAACCGAACCACUUGAAUUGGAUAUGGAAAAUUUGGAAACCUUGUAUCGAUCAACAUUUAAUUUUGAAAAUCCUACCAGGAUCAUGAUUCAUGGUUGGCAUGAUGUAUACGAUAGUGACAUGAACAAUCUCAUCAGAGAAGCUCUUCUGUUGAAUGGUGAAAAAAGGGAAUACAAUUUCAUAUCUGUGGAUUGGAGUGUUUACAGUGCAACUAUAAACUACAUUCGAUCUAAAAACGAUUGUAAGACAACGGGUAAAAUUGUUGCAAAAUUUAUCGAUUGGAUGCAUGAAAAUGCCAAACUUUCAUUCGAUACUUUGACUUUAUACGGACACAGUUUGGGAGCACAUGUUGCAGGAUUUACUGGAAAGAAUGUCAAACUGGGAAGAAUCAAUACUAUUAUUGGAUUGGAUCCAGCGAUGCCACUGUUUCGAAUUAAAAAUCCAAAAACUCGUUUAGCUGAUACAGAUGCUGAAUAUGUUGAAUCUAUUCAUACAAAUGGUGGAUGGAUGGGAUUCUAUCAACCAAUUGGACAAACUGCUUUCUAUCCGAAUGGGGGAAAAGUACAACCUGGAUGCGAGAAAGAUUUGAGUGGAUUAUGUUCGCAUAUUAGAGCAGUUGAACUUUUAUCAGAAGCAUUAAGGAUGACGAAAGAAAAUCGACUACUUGCUAUUGCAUGUAGUGAUUUUGAUAAUAUUAAAGAUGCAUCUUGUGAUGAUCAUUCAGCUAUAGCGCGAUUAGGUGAUCCGAGUAAUGCGAAUAGAACUAAGGGUAUUUAUUAUUUGAAGACAAACAGCCAAUCACCGUUUGCUAUUGGAUUGUGA